AACAUAUUUAAUUUAUUUUUAACAAGCACGAAAUCAUGAUAGUGUAAAAUUAUUUUUUUUAUCCGCAUAUUUGGAACUUCGCCAUAUGUUUUACACUUUUAAAAUUUCCGACUUCAUGUUCUGGUGAAUGAAAUGCACAAAUAUUAUGUAAGACGUAGGUGAAUAAAGUUUAUCCACCGUUUCCCAUGCCCUAUCCUGCAAACAUUAAUCGAAAUCACGUGUCAUGAAAGCUUUCGCCCGUGGACAAGGGGACGGGAAUUUCAGAAGACCAUUUGUAAGUAGAAUCAAUUUACCGAUGCGGCUAUACACGGAAAACGGUAGACCCAUCACGGAUCGUGAUGGAGUUUUGCUUUUGAACAUAGCGGGAAAGCCUUUAGGGAAGGUUGACGUGCAUGGUUUUAUUUUCCUCGACCAGCGCGGACGACCUUUGACGGACGCGGCGAACCGGAAGCCCAACGACAUCGAUUUCGAUCCGAGCACGAAGCCGCAGUACUCAUCGAGCGAAUUGGACCUGCGAUGCUGCUCCGAAGUGCUUUUCGACGUCACCGGCUACCCCUUGACGGAUCUGCAAGGAAGACCUUUGGUGAACCGGGACGGCACCUGCCAAUUGGUCUUCGGCCCACGAGGAGAGCCUACAUCCGAUGUUUUUGGAGGUCCCUUGUUGGAUAAAAUGGGCAGAGAUAUUAUGAAGGAUGAAAGGCCGUUGACGGAUACCCACGGCCGGCCGUUGCACGUUUACGACCAGUUGCGCCGACCUUUGACAGACUUGUCCGGAUACCCACUUGUUGAAAUUUCUGGCGUAAAGCUGCUAGUUUUGGAUACGAAUGGAAUACCGUGUAAGAUCAUCACCGGCGGAGAGAUUUGCGACGCAAGAGGGCUGAUGAAGUACCACUCGGACUUUGACUUGUCUAGAGAAGGGCCGCCGAAGUGUAAAGAGCAAAUCAAAACGUACUCCGGUAAGAUCGCUGUCGCGUUCGAUAAAAACGGGCAUCCACUGACAGACAUGAACGGAUUCCCUCUGCGAUUCGCCACUGGAGAGCCGAUGAUAAGCUACAAACACGGCUGGUUAGAUUGGAGAGGAGAAAGAGCUACUUUGAUCAGGCGUGACGUUUUCAUCCGUUACACGCUUAAAGGAUUCAAAAAUAAAAGCGGUGUCCCCAUCAGGCUGUUCGAUCGUAAAGGGAGACCACUGACGGAUUUCCACGGGGCUCCUCAAAACCACGCUUCCGGUCUCGUACUUCUCAAAUUUGACGAGGAAGGCGAUCCUAUAUCCGACUGGAUGGGUAGGCCGGUAUUCGACGGACAGGGUUACACGGAGGACAACGAAUUUUUUAGACCCUGCAGAACGAUUAAGUCACAAGAAACUCUCCAAAAGUUAUUUUCACUGGCGAAAAAACCCGUACAGUAUUUCGAUAAGUUUGGCCUCCCGCUGACUAAUCGAUUCGGGAUUCCGUUAGUGAGUUCGAGGGAUGAAGUAAUGGUUCGAAUCGAUUCGAGUGGAAAGGCCCUUCACGACGCAGAAGGCGGCCCGGUGUUCGAUAUUCUAGGGUUGCCGAUAGUCCUCAAUGUCGACGAUCCUCUUCUCGGGCCGCAGAAUCUUCCCAUCCGGCUUUAUAAUUCGUCUGGGCGUCCGCUUACCGACAACUCGGGUAAGAUUCUGAAAAAUAUAAAAGGUGUUCAUUUAGUCGCGAUCGGCGAUAACGGCCAGGUGGAAUCCGAACAAAGAGGUGGUAUGCUUUACGACAGAAAAAUGAGACCGAUGACUUUCGGAACGGAGUUCAACGCGGCGCAAACGUCUUUCGUCGAAGAAAAAAUAGAUUUAGUCGCAAAAAUUGAUGGAGAACCUCUUCAUUUGUUCAAUAGGGCUGGAUAUCCUUUGACCGACUCGAACGGAAUGGUUCUUUUUGAUUGUCGAGGACGUGCACUAAUAAAAUGCCCCGAUCAAGGUUUUAUAACGACAGCAGAUGACGAAUCAGUGUACGAUGUGAAUGGUAGCAAGUGUUUAAGAACGAUAAACGAAAUUACCAAAAAGAGUAGGGCUGUAUACGAUAAAAAUAGUCGCCCGCUCAUUGACCAAAGAGGAAACAUUUUGCAAAACCGAAGGGGAAAAGACCUACUCAUUUAUAAACAGGGACGACCCCACGAAGUUUUAUACGGGGGCAGAUGUUACGAUUCGCGAAAUUUUCCGUUGGACGAUCCCCGCGCAGAUAUAUCUAUCGUGCCGACGUGGGAGACACACAUAAUCGGGAAUGGAACACAGUUGUACGACUGUUGCGAUCUACCGCUGACCGACACCUUCGGAGUCGUUUUGUACACUUCAGCCGGUAUCCCGCUCAUCCAAGUCGACUCACAGGGGAAAGCUAAAAGCGACCACGCCGGGCGACCAGUGUUUGACAAACGGGGUAUUCCUAUAACCAGAACGUCCGGCUAUUGGAAAGAUCAAAAAGGCAAGUCUUUGCGCCUUUACGACCAAGACGGUUUGCCGCUGACAGACAUAAACGGCAAAGAACUCAGGGACAUCGGGUUCCGCAGUCUCAUUCGGCAGGACGAACUAGGCCGCCCAGCGUUCGACGUAAACAACUCCUUGGUGAACGACGUAAAAGGGCGCUGUCUCACUUCCUCGGAUUUUAAUCCCACAUACUCCCCGCCGAUAAAGGUAAUAACGCUGUCGGAGAAAGGAGGAGGAGGGCUUAAACUUUUCGACAUGGACGGAAGGCCUCUUACAGACGAAUCUGGUACAAUACUAGUCACAUCCAAAGGACGGCCUUUGUUAGAAACGAAAAAAGGAUUAAACCAGCUGGUCGAUAUUUAUGGAAGAAGAGUCUACGACUGUUUCUGGAGACCUCUGGGUUGUACGAAAGAUAAACAGAUGUUGACGAUCUUCGACAGGCCUUUGCUCAUUUACAAUAAAAACGGUGAACCACUUACCGAUGAUUACGGCGUCACACUCAUCGUCAACGGGAAUUUACCUACGAUUAUAUUCGAUGAGUACGGUCGUCCCGAUCUGGCUUCGAACGGUUCUGCUCUAUUCGACGCGAGUGGGAACGAGCUGAAAUCGUACAAAGCCUUCUUCGAGCCAAGGAUUCACAUGAGCGACGCCUCUUUGGAGUCUAUCGCUGGGCAUUCGAGACAACUGUUCGACGAUCAAGGCAAACCCCUGACGGACGAAUGUGGCACGUUGAUCUCUUACCAGGGCUACCCGGUCUCUUCGAAAUUCUGCUACAUCAACGCGACCGCGGAUAAAAACCAAAGCGGCAAGUCUCCAAACAAAUCGAAAUGCAGGCAGUAACGUAGGCGACGCGCAGGUUUUCCCGUGGGAUUCGAUAAGUCAACGGGUAGAAAUUCGCGUAAAGAAACACAUGCAGGGGAAACUUCGACCAUGCCCUACUGUCACUGCAGCUAUUCUCCUGUCAAUAUUCGCCAUCAUUAAUAACGCUACACUUUGGCUCUAGCGUCUGUGACAUCCAGGAAAAGCCUUCCGUCCUUUCAAGCUUGCUCCCUUUUCCCUUUCUAUUCAUUACAUCUGUUCUUUGCUCCCUUUUCAAAGAUUUCGAAGUUUAGUCUGUGCUCUCCUAAAGAAUUAUUUGUGGUUCGUCACUUGAAGUCAUGAAAAACUUGAAAAAAAGAAACAUCAUACUGUAUUAAUUCAAAUAAAAUAGU